GACUUCUAACAUGCACGUGGAAGGUAAAGCGCAAGAUAGAAAUCACGAUCUUUCUUUAUCCGAUGAUCUUGAAGAUUUUACUCCCGAGGAAGUUGGGAAACUACAAAAUGAGCUGACGAAGCUCUUGACAAGAAAGAACAAGAAGAGGAAGUCUGAUGUGAACAAAGAACUUGAGAAUCUUCCUUUGGAUAGAUUCUUGAAUUGUCCUUCGAGUUUUGAAGUCGAUAGACGAAUCAGCAACGCGUUUUCAGGUGGUGGAGAUUCUGAUGAGAACCAAGAAGACAUUGAGCGUGCGAUUAGUACUAUUUUGGGGAGAUGCAAAGCUAUUUCUACAGGGAGUAAAAGUAAGAUGAAGGCUAAGAGAGAUUGGAGCAAAACCUCUGUUUCUUAUCUCCUCAAGAAGAUGUUUGUAUGUACAGAGGGGCACUCUCCUCUUCCUAACCCUGGCUUGAGAGACACGUUUCAAGAAUCGAGAAUGGAGAAGUUUCUGAGAGUAAUGCUACUCAAGAAGAUUAAUACUCGAGCUUGUCCAAAGGAAACAUCAACGUGUAGAUACGUGCAAGACAGGCAACAACUUUCAUUAAAGAAUAAGGAAGAAGAAGGAAGAAGUAGUAGCGAUGGGAGUACAUGGGUCAAAACAGAUUCUGACUGUGAGUUUAAAAUCUUUUUAUUUCUUUUCAAAACAAAAGAAGUCGUCCAUGAACUAAUUCUAUUUUCAUCAUCUUCUUUUUGGUUGCAGUCAUUGUUCUUGAGAUCUGAUUCACUUUACCCCUACUCAGAUUCUUACAGGAAAGUACAGAUAGAGAAUAUUCAUUGAUAUCAAGACAAAGAAAAAUCAGAAAGAAGUGAUCAAUCGAUUUUCUUUUUCUUUUUGAUUAAUUUUUUGGGUAUCAUCUAUAUGUAGAUCCCAUAAGUGUCCUUUUUUGCAUGUUUGUGUUCAUAAAAAACAAACAUGUUCAGGAAAUUCAAACAUAGAAUACAGUACGUGAGACCAUCUCCAACGGUUUAAUCUAUUUUUCUUUUAAAAUAGAAUAAUUCUAUAAUAGAGUUGGAUAUUGCUUCACUGGUAUUUUAUUUUAGAGUAAAAAAUGGAGUUAUUAACAAAAAAAAAGUGUUUAUUCUAUUAUAGAGUAGAAAAUAGAGUAUCAAUGGAGCAUUUUUAUUCUAAACUCUAUUUUAAAGUGAAAAAAGAGUGGAGUUGGAGAUGCUCUGAGAUAUGCGUACAUACAUGUGUGCAAAGAAAGAAUUUUACUCCCUCUGUUCCUGAAAGUAAAAUUUUCUAGAUUUAUUUUUUGUUCCAAAAUUAUAGAUUUUCUAAAAUUUGAAAGUACUUUUAGUAGUUAAUAUUGAAAAUUGUAUACUUUUAAGAAAUAUUAAUUGAAAAUAUUUGAAUUGGUUGAAUAAUAUUGAGUUAAUGAGUUAUAUUUAUUGGAAAAUGUAUAGUAAAAUAAAUAAUAAAUUCAAUUGUAAAAAAUUAAUUCUUUCUUUAAUAUGUAUGAAUACUCUAGAAAAUACUUAUUUCGGGGAACUGAGGAAUGAAGUAUAUAUUUACACGUUUGGAGUAUAUUUU